CCAACCCAGAGCCUGCCAAUUCUCCCUGAAGCCUGCUCUCUCUCUCUCUCUCCCUCCACCAUGCAGGUCUCUGCAAGAAUGCUUCUGUGCCUACUGCUCACAGUUGCUGCCUGCAGCAUCCACGUGCUAGCCCAGCCAGAUGCUGUUAACUCCCCACUCACCUGCUGCUACUCAUUCACCAUCAAGAAGAUCCCAGAGAGGAGGCUGGAGAGCUACAAGAGAAUCACCAGCAGCAAGUGUCCCAAAGAAGCUGUGAUUUUCAUCACCAAGCUCAAGAAAGAGAUCUGUGCUGACCCCAAGGAAGCCUGGGUCCAGGCAUACACGAAUAAACUGGACCAGAACCAAGCUAGAUCAGAAACGACAGCUGUGUCUAAGAUUGUGUCUACUGUAAGAUCUUCAGCACCUUCGAAUGCUAACUUGACCAAUGGACCCACAGUUAAUGCAUCGACUACUUCCUUUCCCACAGCAAGCUCAAGAACCUCGUGAGAGUGGCCAGCACAACAGUGAACUAGUAUGACCUGAAUGUGGUGUUCUAAGUAUUGUUAAACUUAUUUAACUUAUUGAUGUCUCCAUAUCCCCUCCCCCUGAAUACUAGGAUUUCUUAGAUACACGAUGUGGUUCCAUUGUUUUCCCUCUGAGAACCCUGUUUCUACACUUUCAAAUGUUAUGAGAGAUGAUGCAUUUUGUAAAGAUGGAUGGAAAAACUUUGUGUUUGAGAGUCCAGGGCAUUGUUUAAAAUAUUAUUAUGGAAAUAGAUAUUUCUAAUUAUUAAGAGAAAUAAAUUAUUUUUGUACACAA